AGCUGUGAAUUCUUGUAGAAGAUUGAUAGCUCUGUCAACAUUUGUCCACAGUAGAAGAUGGGUGGAUUAAUUUCAAGAUGGAGGCAGGCAAAGCCUUCCACUGUAGAAGUAUUAGAAAAAAUUGAUAAGGAAAUACAGACAUUAGAAGAAUUUAGAGAAAAAAAUCAGAGGCUACAGAAACUAUGGGUUGGAAGGCUGCUUUUCUACUCUUCAAUUCUUUACCUUAUCACCUGCAUAAUUGUAUAUUUGUGGUGUCUUCCUGAUGAAUGGACAGCAAGGGUGAUUAUGACACUUCCAUUUUUUGCAUUUCCAUUGAUAAUCUGGUUUAUAAGAACACUGCUCAUUUUUUUCUUCUCCAAAAGGACAGAAAGGAAUAAUGAUGCGCUGGAAGAUUUAAAAUCUCAAAAGAAAAAAAUACUUGAGGAAGUAAUGGAGAAGGAAACGUACAAGACUGCUAAAUUAAUCCUUGAAAGGUUUGAUCCAGAAUCAAGUGCAAAGGAGGCUGAACUGCCAUCUGCUGGAACAUCUGCAACCCCAAGACCUGGACAAGAAAUUCGUCAGAGGACUGCAGCUCAAAGAAGUGCUUCUGUGCCCCUGCCUGUGACUCCUAAACAAGGCUCUCCAAAAUCACUGGUUCCAGCAUCUCCUAAUCAGCAGAGAGACACAUCAGCUGUGAGCGGACCCUCAGAGAGAACUGUUGUGCCAUCCUUGCAGUCAAAUGUUUUACCAAGACGCCCUGGAUCCCCUGCUACUUCAGUGCCUGGAAUGGGUCUUCAUCCUCCAGGCCCUCCUUUAGCAAGACCUAUUCUUCCUCGAGAAAGAGGAGUUGUGGAUAGAGUUAUUGAAUAUUUGGUUGGUGAUGGUCCUCAGAACAGGUACGCCCUUAUAUGUCAGCAAUGUUUUUCUCACAAUGGUAUGGCUUUGAAGGAGGAGUUUGAAUACAUAGCAUUUAGGUGCGCCUACUGCUUUUUCCUGAAUCCUGCAAGAAAAACUAGACCUCAGGCUCCACGGCUUCCAGACUUCAGUUUUGAAAAAAAGCAAUCUACAGAAUUGCGAUCUGAAACUGAGCCUCUAGAACCUAGAGAGAGAAAGCCCCAGGAGACUCAACAGACAGAAGAAUCUGAAGACAACACGGCCCAGAUUGUUGAGACAAAUGAGACAGAUGAUAAAGCACCAAGUCCUGAGCAGCUAAGUGAUAAGCUAGCUGAAGAUGUUGAAAAAGAAGAAGCAGAAAACAUUUCAACAACUGAAGACUCUAUUUCAGAGUCUAUUUCAGCUGAACAAAGUGAAGAAUCUUUAAUGAAAGCAGAAUAAAGUACUUCAAGUGCCUUCUGUAGCUAGUUUUUAGCUUUGUUCAUGCCUGUUGUUACUAUUCAGGUGAGCUUUUUUUAAUGGUACAACUUAAAAAUCUCGCUUGAGCUUAAACUGCCUCAACUGCCACAGUAUGUCAA